AUGUCUGCCAGUCCUGCUGCCUCAUCUACCGGUGGCGACAAGUCCAACGUCGACCAGAUUCACUUCAAGUUCUGCCGAGAAUGCUCCAACCUUCUGUACCCCAAAGAGGACCGGGUGAAUAACCGACUCAUGUUCACCUGCCGCACCUGCCAUGUCUCCGAGCCCGCCACGUCGCCGUGUGUCUACCAGAACAGACUCAACCUCCAAGUAGGAGACACUGCCGGUGUCACCCAGGAUGUGGCAUCCGAUCCUACGGUUGGUAUUCCGGAGUUCUGCACCUUUUGUGGUGAAGAAAUCGCGUGCUCCGACUGUGGGACGCGCGCCUAUGGACCCUUCGUGGAUGACCCUUCUCCUGACUCGGAGGAGGACGAAGAAGCGGAUGGCGUCAUGCCGUCCUGA